CCAUUCUUCUUGGCAGCAUGCGAGGGAGAAGAAAAUAAAUCAGCAGCAAGCACCAUGCCUGAAUCCUCCAGACAAGCUCUGGGAGAAGCACCAAGAUUGCAAGAUCCCAGAGAGAUCACCAAGUUGGCCUACGGAUACUCUCCCAUGAUCCCAGCAGUCCACAGAAUUUGUGGUGAGGAGACAAAGGACCGGAUGUAGUCCAGAUGGAAUGUGUGCUGGCCAAACAGCGUGAGAGGGCCAGGGCAUCAAAGAUCUCAAGUAGCAGAUGCCAGUGCCAAUGCUUCUGGCACUGCUCAGGGCAUGCUGGGCAUGUGCACAAUGACAGCGAGAGCUGGGGGCUGAUUUCCUGCCUCUGGUGAUUUCGAAACCAGAGAUGUUAGAGUUCAGGCAGUACAGCAAGAGUAGCAAGAGACCACUCAGGGAGACACUGACGGACGGUCACCUGGCGACCUGCAGAGUGUAUCUCUUGCACAAUCUGAUGAGGCAGACAACGUGUGUUCAGCCUCUCUUCUGGCCGCACAUCCUGGGCCUGGAGAACAACUUGAGCCUCUGCCUGCAUCUGUGCCUGAGGGAUCAACCAGGAGGCCUAUGGGUGUUCUCCAGUGCACCCAGCAAUCCAGAGAAUUUCUGAUGAGGCGAGGAAGGAGCAGAUGAUGUCCAGCUGGAACAUCUCCACGUGAGCACGCUCAGGCUGCUAAGACCCCAAGCAGCACAUGACAGUGCCAGUGCUUCCGACACAGCUCAGGCCAUGCUGGACAUCUGCACCAUGACAUCAAGGGUGGAGGGCCACUUUCCUGCCCUGGGAGUGUUCCAAAACCGGGAUGCGGGAGUGCAGGAUGAACAGCAAGAUUUGGAAGAUUGCUGAGACAGACACCGCAGGACAGGCAUAUGGAGAGACCUGUGGAGCACAUGCCUUGCACCAUCUGGUGAGGCAGAAACGGUGCAUUCAGCUUCUCUUCUGGACGCAGGUCCUGGACCUGCAGGACAACCUGAGCCCUUCUCCGCAUCAGUUCCUGAGCACGCAGAAAACUCAGGCUGUUCCACGGCAGCGCACACUCCGGAGGCGGCCAGUGAAGCACCCUUUUUCCUGUCAGCGUGCGAGGGAGGAGAAAGAGAAGAACCAGCUAUGGCCAUGCCUGAGUCCUCCGGGCAAGCUCUGGGAGAACCAUCAGGACUGCAAGAUCCCAGGGAGAUCUACUGGAAGGCCUAUGGAUGUCCUCUAGUUCACCCAGCAAUCCGCAGAAUCCGUGAUGAGGCAAGGAGGGAGCAGACGUUGUCCAGCUGGAACAUCUCCGAGCCAUACAGUGUGAGCUUGCCCAGGCUUCUCGUGCCCCAGGGAGCACAUGACGGUGCCAAUGCUGCCGACACUGCUUGGGGCAUCAUCAGGACGCGAGCAAGAAUGUUAGAAUUAAAUAUGCACAGGGAGAGACCACCGACAACGCUGCCAGUGAUGCCAGCACUGAUCACAGCAUGCUGGAUGCCAGGGACACUGCAGUGAUGGCUGAGAGAUGCCCACGCCUUCCUGGUUUUGCCCUGAUACAGUGGAGGGUGUGGAUGAAGAAUGGGAAGACAACUGUGAGGAAGAAGCUGCUGAGGCAGCCAGUGUGGCACCAAGCAUUUCUGGUUCCUCAUCUGGCGAGGUGAAGACCGCGCCUUCAGCUUCCCCUGUGGCUGCAGAACCCGGACCCAAGGGACAUUCACCUGCAUGCAAAGGAGCAGAAACUGCAGGCAAUCACAAGCACAAGGUUUCUGCAGAGGGCAGAGGAGAUGCACAGAGCUCCGGCUGCUUCAGAGGCGCGCCAGAGGAUGGCCCCGGUGUGUCACUAAGUGGAGACUCAUCCCAGGGAGGGGCCUGCCGAACCUGGCCGGCCCACCGAGUGGCACGGAGGCUGGCGGCGUUCCGUGCUCUGCCAUAUCCAGCCCAGUCCUCCCAGGGAAAUUCCGUGGUGGGGGGUGGCAGGCAGGGCCUUGCCUCUGCCCCUUGCCUACAGCCCUCUGUCCCCCGCACGCUGCGACUCGCCGCUGGUGGCCCGGCGUCAUCAGGACGACGCUGGGCCCCAGGGCAGACGGCUGCCCAGGCACGCGUAGGAGGGCUGCCACGGGGGGCUGUGGCAGCCGCCGGGGCUUUGUGA